GGCAGCAUCCCGAUUCCCAUCACGAAAACCUCCCUCGAAGGAUGCCUACUACUGCUGCGCCUAUCCAGGAUCGUAUCCUCGCCACCAUCGAUCGUCUAUCUGAAGCCAUUGACCAUGGCUCAUUUGACAUUGUCAGUGCUCAUUGGGCACAAGUGGGGGGGGAAAUAAGAACCCGCUCUAGCUCUGGCUCCCACUCGAAAACCGUUGUGGCUGCUACCCGCGGGGCUGCGUCUUGCAUUGAGGAACUUUGCAACGAGUUUACAUCUUUUACUCACCUCAAUGCCGACUUAGGACGUCGUUUACAUCGUUUGUCCAAAUGUCUAUCACAACCGACUGAGAACGAACCAUCCAGCCCACCUAACCCACCCACAGCAAACCAGGCUCCUUAUGCUGAACCAACUUCCGAAUGGCUUCUUGAUAACGCUUUCCCCUCUGGUGAACUCAUGCAGAAGCUGGAUCGAAGUGUGAAGGCCAUGUUCCAUACUCGAUUUCAACUCAUGAAAGCGUCGCUACUAGAGAAGCUCGUAGCUUACUCUGAGCAAACCCCACCUCGCAAUGAAAGCAAGCGGCCAUUCAACCAUGCGUACACUCCUGUUCUCGAGAAAUAUUUUGAAUUCAAUGAAAAACCGUCUGGCGCGGAUCGAGCUGCCAUGGCCGAGAAAUCUGGAAUGACCACACGCCAAAUUGAAGUCUGGUUUCAAAAUCGUCGUAGGAGAGUGAAACAACAAUUUGGUGACAAGCGUAUCCCCACACGCUGUUCUGGUUUUUCGGAUGAGAAGUUACAAAAAGGAUUGCCGGUAUAUCUAUUACAAACUGGGGCAGAGAAUCCUGUUGACCUCGUCGAACGCAUUGUCGGAGCUGAAUGGCAGGCGGAGACAAGAGAUCUGCAAUCAGAAAAGAAAUACUCCUCAUUCCACGAACCAAAGUACCUUCCAAGUCCAAAAGCUCCAAAUCCACUUGACACUACUCCUGCCCCCGUUCCCCCACCCUUCAAACCUGCCACCUUCAUUCCACUUUCCGCGCAAUUCCAAAAUGUCAAUGAGCGCCCCCCGCACCGCUUCUCCGAACCUCAGUGGUCUAGAAGGCCCCAUGUCCUACAGCCUACUGUCUUCGCACCUGCAACGAAACCACGCGGCCGAGCAGCACAAAUAGCUAAAGCCAGUGCUCAACCCGAACCACCAAGUGAAGUUGAGGCAUUGACUAAGGCCUUCGAACAGUUUCGCAUUGAUCAUUCAGGUGUUCCGGAGGAAUACCGUGCAUAUUACUUUGGUCAAGGACCUCAUUUACCUCCCGCAGCCACGUAUGCGAAGGAUGUGAGACCUCCAACCGGAAGGCAUCCCGCCUUUGUGGUACCAGGGUCAAGGGAGAUUCCGAAGGGAUUGUUGUCUCCUCUUGCGAUGACACCGCCCAGGAGAAAGAAGGCAGGUUUGCCGAGGCGCACGCCGAUGAACCCUCAACGACGACGUACAUCAAGAUCGUCGCCCUCGUCAGCGUCGUCAAGAUCGCCAUCGCCGCCAUCGUCAUCCAGGACACCCUCGCUUACGUCGUCUCUAUCCACUUCCACUUCUUCGUCACAUAGCCUACGAAGACACUCAUCGGUAUCGAGCCUCUCCUCUGACCCCGACUCGCCACUCUUUUCACCUGUCAGUCUUCCAUGCGACUUGCCCCAGGUUACUGUUGCUGGAGCCGACUCUGCAGGUUUCUGUGAACGAGACUCCUUAUUGUUGUCACCGGAACAGGAGGGAAUGAAGAUUAGCUUUCCACUGGGCUUCGAAGCAUUCACCGAAUCUUCCGAAACUGCGCACUUGUUUGAGGAUAUAUUCCAUGACACGUUUGCGGAUCCUGUGACGUUUCCUCCUGCGGCGUUCCAGUUGACUCAGCAUAUUCCAUGAAAGUCAUCAUCGUUUGCGCUUUGGUGAUUUUGAGUCCCGAUUUGUGGGAUGUUGCUCGAAGGAGCAGUCCAUAAGCUUAUUGUCCGUCUCGGACUAUGAUUUGGCUGCCCCACUCCGAUUUCGUUAAUGGGUGACAGUCCUAUCGUUGAGGUGGAUUGGCUGUCCGUUGACGACAGCAUAGCACGCUGGGCCCUGGUACUUUCUUGGACUGCCAGUGGUGGUAGCCCGUGUUCUAUGACAUCCAUGCUCUACCAUAGCGAAGCGCUCGCUGUGUGUAUUUUAUCUUUCGUGUCCUCUUUUACACUAUAUACCCCUCGCAUCAACACUGUAUCAUUAUCAUUGUGCUCUACAUGUUUCGAUAUGUUUCUAUAUUUCCAUUUCUGUUUGUUUUCUUUAAUUAUUUUCCUAUCUUUGCUGUCGUCGCACCCUUUACUUGUCAAACAUGCUUGUAUCUCGUUUGCUAAUUCGCUUUGAAAGCCACUUGUACGGUACUACUCAUUGUGCUAAUACUUGCAUAGAUCCUGCAUCCCGAUAGCAAGAAUCGAACAAUGAGUGUAGUCUCCAACAUCCUCCGGUCCUUUACAAUCUAUGCCGCUCCGAUAAUAUAUCCCCCUC